AUGCAUGUAGCUGGUCCGUCUCAGCCAACAUUGGCAAAAGUUGGUGAUGAAGUCAUUUUACCGUGCCAGCUGGAACCUGCCACAAAAGCUUCAGGCAUGACCGUAGAGUGGGCGAGACCUGACCUGAACCCAAGAUUUGUUUACGUGUGGCGUGACGGUGUGGAACUGGAAAGUAAAACACAUCCGUCAUACAAAAGAACAACUAAAGUGUUCCCUGAACAGAAGCUCGGAGACGUUUCCCUGAAUCUCUCCAAAGUGAAACUUUCUGAUGGGGGAACAUAUAAAUGCUUCAUUCCAGGACAUGGUGACUCGUUAAUUCAGCUUCUUGUUGGUGCUGUUAACUCACUUUUCAUAGUGAGUAUUAACAUAUCCUCUAGUGGAGUUAUUCUACAGUGUGAGUCUGAAGGCUGGUAUCCAGAGCCUGAGGUGUUGUGGCUGGACGGUGAGGGAAACCUCCUCUCUGCUGGACCUCCAGAGACAGUCAGAGGUCCUGAUGAUCUCUAUACUGUCAGCAGCAGAGUGACUGUGGAGAAGAGACACAGCAACAGCUUCACCUGUAGAGUCCAACAGAAGAACAUCAACCAGACCAGAGAAACACACAUUCAGAUUGCAGAGACAAACCCUGUAACUCAAGUCUGUGAUGGCACCGUCAAGAGGCAAUGA